GAAAAUGAAUUGACUUCAAUGGAAGGAGAAUCAUUUCCACCGUGAGGAGCGUCUCUACACACCACAUUUCCAUGACUAAAGUUGGACUGCUGUAGAGGCAGCUUCAUCCGGAUGGUUUGUAUUUCCUUCCACAUCUAUGAAGGGUUUAGUUGACAUCGGCAGACAGAGAAACUCCUUAUCCUGUGCCUAUUUAUCGGGAACGUUGCAGCAUGCUCAUCACCACUGAUUAAUCAACGCUGGUCCAAGAUGCGUCACAUCCAAUCACCGCCCAUAUUCCAGCUGAUAAGGACCAUCAUCCAUGGUCUCCCGCUUCCAGCAGAGCUCAACCCACCUCCACCCCUUCACCUCCACUUGCUCAGCCAUUCGGCCACAUCCUUCAUUGCCUCCACCACCACUGUCGGGUCCCGGGGGGAUAACGUUCCUCUCAGCAUACGGAAUGCUCAUCCGAGCCCAUCGGAAAGUUUGUGAUAAUUGAUGUCCUCAGCUGGGGCCCCUGCAUCAAAGACUCUAAUUUCUGAUUGUCAAAAUCCUACAAAUGGAAAAUACAUAGAGCUCACAACGGAAUCUCUUAAAAUAAAAGAAUUCCCUGAUGGUACUGUAAUCUAUUAUAAGUGCAAACUUGGAUAUAUUCGAGUAAAUGGCACUGGGGAGAUGACCUGCGUCAAUGGGAAGUGGACCAAGCCAGACAUCACCUGCAGGCCGACAGACUGUGGUCCCGUUAUACCACAGCCACACAUGAUAUUUAACACCAGCCAGGGGACUCUACUUGGUGCAUCGGUUUAUAUGUCUUGUGAAAAAGGUUACAAGAUCUAUGGAUCGAGCAUAAAACAUUGCUCCCACGCAGGAUGGUCUGGAAUUGGAAUUUGUGUAUAUGUUACUUGUUCCAUACCGAGUAUAGGAAAUGGCGCACAUACUUGGACUAGUCACCGUAAACCAGAAUAUCGACAAAGUAUAAAUUUCACUUGUAACCCAGGAUACAACUUGCAUGGGAGUAAAACCAUUACGUGCAAUAGAAGAGGCAAAUAUGAUCCUGAGCCACCAAAAUGCAUUGCUGUAACUUGUCUCACACCGGAUGAAGUGGAAAAUGGCAGACAUUCUUGGAAUAAUGUCCGUAAACCAGAAUAUCGACAAACCAUACGUUUCACAUGUAACACAGGAUACAACUUGGUUGGGAAUGAAACCAUUAGGUGUACUGAAACUGGUGUUUAUAAUUCUCAGCCACCACGAUGUGUCAUUGUUACUUGUCCCAAACCGACCAGAGUGGAAAAUGGCAGACAUUCUUGGAAUAAUGAUCUUGAACCAGAAUAUCGACAAACUAUACGUUUCACAUGUAACACAGGAUACAACUUGGUUGGGAAUGAAACCAUUAGGUGUACUGAAACUGGUGGAUAUGAUUCUCAGCCACCACGAUGUGUCAUUGUUACUUGUCCUAAACCGACCAGAGUGGAAAAUGGCAGACAUUCUUGGAAUAAUGUCCGUAAACCAGAAUAUCGACAAACUAUACGUUUCACAUGUAACACAGGAUACAACUUGGUUGGGAAUGAAAUCAUUGAGUGUACUGAAACUGGUGGAUAUGAUUCUCAGCCACCACGAUGUGUCAUUGUUACUUGUCCCAAACCGACCAGAGUGGAAAAUGGCAGACAUUCUUGGAAUAAUGUCCGUAAACCAGAAUAUCAAGAAACUGUAUAUUUCACAUGUAACACAGGAUACAACUUGGUUGGGAAUAAAACCAUUAGGUGUACUGAAACUGGUGGAUAUGAUUCUCAGCCACCACGAUGUGUCAUUGUUACUUGUCCCAAACCGACCAGAGUGGAAAAUGGCAGACAUUCUUGGAAUAAUGUUCGUAAACCAGAAUAUCGAGAAACUGUACAUUUCACAUGUAACACAGGAUACACCUUGUUUGGGAAUGAAAUCAUUAGGUGUACUGAAACUGGUGGAUAUGAUUCUCAGCCACCACGAUGUGUCCCUGACUGUUCCAAACCUCAACAUAUAGAGAACACAGUUCUCUCUGCUGAAUCCCUCCGAAAAAGCAUUUUUCCAAGUGGUACUGUGAUCAAAUAUCAGUGCAUAAUUGGAUAUGAUCAAAUAAGUGGCACUGGGAUCAUUAGAUGUGUCAAUGGGAAGUGGACCAAGCCAGAUAUCAUCUGCAAGAAGAAAAACUGUGGUCUCCCAGAAGCAAAACAGCACAUGGUAUUUGAUACCAGCCAGGGUACUCUAUUUGGUGCUGUGGUUACAGUAACCUGUGAAGAAGGUUUCCGGCUCAAUGGAUCGCGUUUCAAACAUUGUCUUGACACAGGAUGGUUUGGAACUGCAAAUUGUGAAGUUGUUACUUGUCCCAAACCGACCAGAGUGGAAAAUGGCAGACAUUCUUGGAAUAAUGAUCUUGAACCAGAAUAUCGACAAACUAUACGUUUCACAUGUAACACAGGAUACACCUUGUUUGGGAAUGAAACCAUUAGGUGUACUGUAACUGGUGUAUAUGAUUCUCAGCCACCACGAUGUGUCCCUGACUGUUCCAAUCCUCAACAUGUACAGAACACAGUUCUCUCUGCUGAGUCCCUCCUAAAAAGUAUUUUUCCAAGUGGUACUGUGAUCAAAUAUCAGUGCAUAAUUGGAUAUAAUAAAAUAAGUGGCACUGGGAUCAUUAGAUGUGUCAAUGGGAAGUGGACCAAGCCAGAUAUCAUCUGCAAACUUGUUACUUGUCCCAAACCGACCAGAGUGGAAAAUGGCAGACAUUCUUGGAAUAAUGAUCUUGAACCAGAAUAUCGACAAACUAUACGUUUCACAUGUAACACAGGAUACACCUUGUUUGGGAAUGAAACCAUUAGGUGUACUGAAACUGGUGGAUAUGAUUCUCAGUCACCACGAUGUGUCCCUGACUGUUCCAAACCUCAACAUGUACAGAACACAGUUCUCUCUGCUGAGUCCCUCCGAAAAAGGAUUUUUCCAAGUGGUACUGUGAUCAAAUAUGAAUGCAUGAAGGGGUGUGAUCAAAUAGGUGGCACUGGAAUCAUUAGAUGUGUCAAUGGGAAGUGGACCAAGCAAGAUAUCAUCUGCAAGAGGAAAGACUGUGGUUUCCCAGCAGCACAACCGCACAUGGUAUUUGAUACCAGCCAGGGUACUCUAUUUGGUGCGGUGGUUACAGUAACCUGUAAAGAAGGUUACCGGCUCAUUGGAUCGAGUUUCAAACAUUGCCGUCUCUCAGGAUGGCAUGGUACUGCAAUUUGUGAAGCUGUUACUUGUUCCCAACCGAUCCAAGUGGAAAAUGGAAAACAUUCUUGGAAUAGUGUCCGUGAACCAGAAUAUCAACAAACUAUACGUUUCACAUGUAACGCAGGAUACACCUUGUUUGGGAAUGAAACCAUUAGAUGUACUAAAACUGCUCAAUUUGAUUCUGAGCCACCACGAUGCAUUGCUGACUGUCCCAAACCUCAACAUGUACAGAACACAGUUCUCUCUGCUGAGUCCCUCCUAAAAAGGCUUUUUCCAAGUGGUACUGUGAUCAAAUAUCAGUGCAUAAUUGGAUAUAAUAAAAUAAGUGGCACUGGGAUCAUUAGAUGUGUCAAUGGGAAGUGGACCAAGCCAGAUAUCAUCUGCAAACUUGUCACUUGUCCCAAACCGACCAGAGUGGAAAAUGGCAGACAUUCUUGGAAUAAUGAUCUUGAACCAGAAUAUCGACAAAUUAUACGUUUCACAUGUAACACAGGAUACAACUUGGUUGGGAAUGAAACCAUUAGGUGUACUGAAACUGGUGAAUAUGAUUCUCAGCCACCACGAUGUGUCCUUGUCACUUGUCCCAAACCGACCAGAGUGGAAAAUGGCAGACAUUCUUGGAAUAAUGAUCUUGAACCAGAAUAUCGACAAAUUAUACGUUUCACAUGUAACACAGGAUACAACUUGGUUGGGAAUGAAACCAUUAGGUGUACUGAAACUGGUGAAUAUGAUUCUCAGCCACCACGAUGUGUCCUUGUUACUUGUCCCAAACCGACCAGAGUGGAAAAUGGCAGACAUUCUUGGAAUAAUGUCCGUAAACCAGAAUAUCGACAAACUAUACGUUUCACAUGUAACACAGGAUACAACUUGGUUGGGAAUGAAACCGUUAGGUGUACUGAAACUGGUGGAUAUGAUUCUCAGCCACCACGAUGUGUCGCUGACUGUCCCAAACCUCAACAUGUACAGAACACAGUUCUCUCUGCUGAGACCCUCCGAAAAAGGAUUUUUCCAAGUGGUACUGUGAUCAAAUAUGAAUGCAUGAAGGGGUGUGAUCAAAUAGGUGGCACUGGAAUCACUAGAUGUGUCAAUGGGAAGUGGACCAAGCCAGAUAUCAACUGCAAGCGGAUAGACUGUGGUGUCCCAGAAACAAAACCGCACAUGUCAUUUGAAACCGAAGAGGGUACUAUAAUUGGUGCAAUGGCUACAGUAAUCUGUGAAGACGGCUACCGGGUCAGUGGAGCGAGCUUCAAACAGUGCAUGGACGAAGGAUGGUUUGGAAUCGCAGACUGUAUCUCUCUUACUUGUUCCAAACCGAUCAAAGUGGAAAAUGGCAAACAUUCUUGGAAUAGUGACCGUGAACCAAAAUAUGAACAAACUAUACAUUUCACAUGUGACGCAGGAUACACCUUGUUUGGGAAUGAAACCAUUACGUGUACUGAAAGUGCUGAAUAUGAUUCUGAGCCACCACGAUGUGUCCGUAAUUGCCCCACACCUAAGAGUGUGGAGAACAUGGUUCUCACGAAUGAAUCCCUCCUAAGAGAGGAUUUCCCAGAUGGUACCAAAGUCACCUAUGAGUGCGCCAAUGGAUUUGAAAAAGAAAGUGGCUCUGAGAUCAUAACCUGCAUUGAUGGGACUUGGACUGAGCCAGAUCUAAUCUGCAAGAAAAUUGAACCUCCUUUAAACCUACUGUUGAUAGGCGUGGCAGUUGGCUGUUCACUUGCACUUCUUUUCUGCAUCUUUUGGGUUUGGAGGCGAUGCUCAGAUGACUCUGAAGGAUAGUAAUCCCUGGAUAUAUUUCAGUUCCGAAGUCUUUAAGUAUCCUUCUUCAUUCAGUUGGAACUGGACCCAGCUGUUGGGACAUCUACUACAGAUGAAGGACUGCCGAACUCUGAGCGCCUUACCAAGCCUUGGAUAAGCCUUUGACCUCUGUACCGUUUUAUACACUAAUUGGUUUUACCAAGUUAGUAAAAAUUUGAAAAUAUUUAUUGUUUGUUUCUACUAAUUACGUUGUGAACCAUU